AUGAAGGUUGAAAAGGUUCCCGACAGCACGUACGAGAUGGUGGGAGGACUUGAUCAGCAAGUCAAAGAAGUGAAGGAAGUUAUUGAACUCCCCAUCAAGCAUCCCGAGCUCUUUGAAUCGCUCGGUAUCUCGCAGCCAAAGGGUGUGCUGCUGUAUGGGCCUCCGGGAACAGGAAAAACGCUGCUGGCUCGGGCCGUCGCACACCACACGGAGUGUACAUUCAUUAGGGUGUCUGGUGGUGAGUUGGUGCAAAAGUAUAUUGGGGAAGGAAGUCGCAUGGUGCGUGAGCUGUUUGUCAUGGCUAGACAGCACGCUCCCUCGAUUAUCUUCAUGGACGAAAUUGACUCGAUUGGCUCUCAAAGGACCGAAGGCGAACACGGCGACUCUGAGGUGCAGCGGACUAUGAUGGAGCUGCUCAACCAGCUGGAUGGCUUCGAGAGCACCAAGAACAUCAAGGUUAUUAUGUGCACGAAUAGAAUCGACAUCCUUGAUGAAGCCCUCCUGCGGCCGGGUCGUAUUGACAGGAAGAUCGAGUUUCCUAACCCGAACCUCGAGGCACGGACAGAGAUUUUAAAAAUUCACAGCCGCAAAAUGAAUUUGAUGCGAGGAAUAGACCUCAAAAAAAUCGCGCAAGAGACCAACGGAGCUUCAGGGGCGGAGGCGAAGGCGGUCUGUACUGAGGCUGGCAUGUUUGCUCUGAGAGAGAGACGUAUGCACGUGACUCAGGAGGAUUUCGAGAUGGCUGUUGCCAAGGUAAGCGAGCGAUUUCCUGAACUGGCGGCUCUCGCUGUGGACACAGCACUGCUGCUCUUCGCCUUCGAGGUGUGUCUGUGUGUGUUGGCGGAGAGACGCGAGGGUCGCUCUGUGCGCUUGUGCGCUUGUGCUGGGCCAGGUGAUGAAGAAAGAUGCAGAGCGAAACAUGUCUCUCAGGAAGCUCUGGAAGUAGCACCCUGUGAGAAUGGGGAAGCGAGAACGCUACAGAGAGGGCUUUCCGUGUAG